AAGGGACAUAUUUGUUAAGUCACGCAACGCUGGAAGGUCCUUGCAAGGCUCCUAUUGAGCUUCAACUUGAGGGCAAUGUAAAAGCACCAGCUGAUCCUAAAACUUUCAAGGAGCCUAUAUGGGUUAGCUUCCUUCAGAUUGAAAACUUCAAAUUGUUCGGUGGAGGAGCUUUCGAUGGACAAGGAACCAGUUCUUAUAAGAGAGAAGGUUGCGAAAAACAUGACUUCUGUAGUAACCUCCCCAUUAAUGUAAGGUUUGAUUAUUUGACCAAUGCAAUGGUACAAGCUAUAACUCUCAGAGAUAGAAAACAGUUCCACGCUAAUGUUUUGGGAUGUAAAAACAUUACUUUCAAACAUGUCACUGUAUCUGCACCUAAAGAUAGCCCAAACACAGAUGGGAUUGACAUCGGGAGAUCAGAUGGAGUUAAAAUUAUAGACACGGAUAUCAAAACUGGUGAUGAUUGUAUUUCAAUUCGGGAUGGUGCCAAAAAUCUUGACAUCACGGGAGUAACUUGUGGACCUGAACAUGGAAUCAGUAUCGGUAGUCUUGGAAAGUUUGCAAACAAAGAACCUGUUGAAGGAAUUAAAGUGUCGAAGUGUACCUUGACUGAUACUUCGAAUGGUGUUAGAAUCAAGAGUUGGGCAAGUGAAUUUCCUGGCACAGUAUCAAAUAUGUAUUUUGAGGAUAUCACCGUGAAGAAUGUUAGUUUUCCGGUCCUGAUUGACCAGAAAUACUGCCCAUGGAAUAAAUGCAAAAUGGAUGCAGAAUCGAAUUUUAAACUAAGUAACAUCAGCUUCAAGAACAUUCAUGGUACGGCUGCGCUUCCAGAAGUUGUCAAACUCGUUUGCAGUGGAAUUUUUCCAUUCGAAAAUGUAAAACUUGCCGACGUUGACAUUACGUUUAGUGGACCGGAUAGUCCUACAAAAUCCGAAUCCAUGCAAGCUCAAGCAGCUGCUCUUGAUGUCGUAGCUAAGUUUUGCGUAAAGGCUGACUUGAAUACAGAUUUCAGUAAGCCAUUGUUGGAUGCUUGGAAAGAAGCUUGUGGUUCAACAACUCCAACAACAAUUUUGAUUCCUGAAGGGACAUAUUUGUUAAGUCAAUCAACGCUGGAAGGUCCUUGA